GUGUUGUUUUUAUUACUUUUUUACUUUUUACAAUUUCCUCUGAUAUUAUUUUAUUUUUAUUUUUUAUGAAGUAGGUUUAAUAGUAAGUAUGUUAAGUUUAUAUAUAAGAUUAAUUUAGUAUUAAUGUUUUUUAUUUUGUUGUCUUUUGUGUUGAAGGGGAUGAGUUUUACUGUUGGAUUAAAUAUUUGGUCUUAUUUUGUUUUUAGGAGUGGGUUUAGGUUGGUGUUGGAUGUUCAAAGUGUGUUAUUUACUUUAAUUAUUUGGAUUGUCUCCUGGUCUAUUAUUUUAUUUAGUGAAAAUUACAUGAAUUCAGAAAUAUACAUAUAUAAUUUUGUCUUUUUGUUAUUGAUGUUUAUUUUUUUUAUGGUGGUAUUAGUAAUGUCCAGAAAUUUUUUGAUAUUACUAAUUGGUUGAGAGGGAGUUAGAGUUAUAUCCUAUUUGUUAAUUUCCUGGUGAUCUAUGCGUUAUUUAGCAGUGAACAUAGGGAUACAAGCUGUGCUUUUUAAUCGUAUCGGUGAUUUUGGGCUUUUAUUGAUUAUUUUUACGAGGCUUGUUUAUGGCUUUGGGCCGGUAAUAAAUAGGUAUGUGGGUAAAAACCUAUUUAUAGUUUUUUUGUUGUUUGGUGUUAUAGCUAAGUCUUCUCAAAUUUUUUUUCAUCCUUGGUUACCUAACGCUAUAGAGGGCCCAACCCCGGUUUCUUCUUUAUUACAUAGUUCUACUAUGGUGGUAGCAAGGGUGUAUUUGUUGUUGCGGUUGUCUGAUUUUUAUAUGUUUUCUUAUCUUAUUACGUAUGUUAGGGCUUUGACUAUAUUAAUAGGCGGCCUAUUUAGUGUUUCUCAGUUUGAUUUUAAGAAGAUUGUGGCUUAUAGUACUACUAGCCAAUUGAGGUUUAUAUUUGUUUUAAUUGGGUUAGGGCUAAAACAAAUUUGUUUAUUGUAUGUUUGUAUCCAUGCUUUUUUUAAGGCUAUACUGUUUCUUAUUAGUGGUGCCUUUAUUCACGGGGUAAAUUCGGUGCAAGAUUUUCGGAUUAUGAAAAUGACUACUUUUAUUAAUGAGUCUUUUACUUAUUUUUUUGCUUUUGGGAGUUUUGUAAUGAUGGGAUUUCCCUUUAUGUCGGCCUUUUAUAUGAAGGAUAUUAUAGUGGAUUAUACUAGUGUAACUUUCUUUAAUGUCAUAUUAAUAAUUUUAUUGUUUUUAGGUCUUAUGACGACUUGUAUUUACUCUCUUCGAAUUAUUUUUUAUAUGUUAAGGCAUUUAUAUUUGAACUUAACAAAAAAUAAUAGGAUAGAAAACAUAGUAAUAAGAUAUUAUUAUGUUCGUUUACUGGUUUUGUCUUUAGUUUCAGGGCUUUUGUUGUUUUACUUUUACGGUCCUAAUGUGGAAUUUUUAGUAUUUUUAGGGGAUAAACUUAAGCCCAUUUUAUUUAUUUUGUUUUCUGCAGUGAUUGUAAUUUUGGCUAUAAUCCGCCCUAACUUUCAUAUAUUAUAUAUUAGGAAAUAUAUGUUAUUCUAUAACCCCGCCCUCUUUAAGAAAAUUUCCACAUUGAUUGAUGUGUUUAGUUGGUUUUGGUUACUGGUUGAUUAUUUUUUUAUGGAGUUAUUAUUUUCUAUGUUUUUAAAAAAAUACACAUUAAUUAAUUCAAAGUAUAUUUAUUUAUUUACGGGGAUUAUUUUUGUUGUUUUCUUGUUUAUUAUUAAUUAA